CUGUCCCAACAGCGAUGUAGCCAUUGGAACAUCGCUGUUCUGGUCAAAUUUUUCAAAAAAAAAAAUACCGUUGGCAACUGCAUUAAAAGCUCCAACAGCUAUUUUUUCAAAAUUUUGAACGUUGGUCACCCUUUCUCCUAUAUAUUUGGACCCUCUCUUCUCACUUUUACACACACAAACACAAUUCUCUUCAAUAUCUUUGCUUUUUCCAUCAUCCCUACUCUCCUCUUUUGUAACUUUUUUUUCAUCAUGGGCAAGGGCAAGAGCAGGGCUGCCACCUCCGGGAAAUCAAAGUCCAAAUCCUGGGCGCCUACGUCAUCCUCCGAGGAGCGCCUCUACUACGGAGACGGGUCAUACCUUUGGUUUGACUCCGAGGAGGAACGCACCCGUUUCCUCACUUUCUUCUCCAAACGGGUUGUGGCUCCCCCACGGAUCAUCCCGGAGUGCUACCCGGAGCUGCAGGGCUACGACGACCUUGACGCACAGCUUCAUCAAGCCGGCCUUUGGCCGUUCGUCUCCCGGGCUCGAAAGGAGAUCAACCCGGCGCUAAUCCGGGCCUUCUACUCCAACAUCCGGUGUGAGGACGACGAGCUCUACUCGCUUGUCAAGAGCACGCCGAUUGAGCUCACCGUGGAGCAGCUUGGGCGCAUCGCCGGCCUCCCCAUCCCAGGCGACGAUGUGUCUCACUAUGGCGGAGAGGACUGGGUGCUCAACAACGAGGGCCUUAUCCUCAACGAGCUUGGCAUCACCGAGCUCAUUCGCCAUGCCUCGGGCCGCCCCACCAUCCACUCCGCUAACCCCGAAAGCCGCCUCGUCCUCUACAUCGUCUCCCGAAUCAUCAAACCUCGGAAGCACGACCACACAAUCAUGUCCGGAGAGGACCUCAAGCUAGUCCACGCGAUCAUGCACUCGGCCCCAAUCAAUUGGGCGAAGUUUGUCAUGAUCAACAUGACGAUCGCCGCGUCCACCGACCACGAUCACCUCCUCCGGUACCCGUUUUUGGUGAUGGACAUCCUUGAACGGUUCAAGGUAACCACCACCACGAAGCUUUGGACCAUCAGCAACCAAACCUUCACCAAGCGGUCGGACAACGCCGCGGCUGCCAUUGUCGAGCCACGCCGCACUGCCCCUGCCGCUGGCCCAGCCGAACCCCAGGCCCGGGCCAACCUCGCCUCCAUCGCCGACUCCCUCAACCGGCUCCACCUCAAAGUUGACGGGAUGGGAGGCUACCUUGAACGGCUCGACGUAGCUGUUCAACGCCAAGGGUACGCCAUGAACGCGUACUUCCAAGGCAUCAACUACGUCCCCCCACCGUACCACGACACGUUCCUUGGGCAAGUGUACGGUGAUGAAGACGAAGCCGAUGACUCCUACGCCUCGUCAAGCUCCCCGGAUGAAGACGAGUUCGACGAUGCCAUCGAUGGGGAUGAGAUGGACGACGACGAUGCCUUCUUGCCGUUGAGGAAGAUUGUCCACGUGUAUCUUGAGUAAUCAUCAACUACCACCAGGACAUAUUUCUUUCCACUUAGACUUAUUGGUGUAACGGGGCCAAAUAAGUCCAUGUGAAUAAGACUUAAUAUCCUUG